CGCAGAUCCAUAAGUAGAAAGUUUUGUCCGAACUUUUGUAGAAGUUUUCUGGGAAAGAGGUGGAGCCGCUGGGUCCACCGCCGAGGGUCUCCUGCCUCAGCGCCCCGGCCAGGGGUUUGUGGCACCCACCGAUCAGCAGGAUCUGUAUCUCACUGACAAGGGGAUGAGGGCGUCCAGUUACCAGGAGGGAGAGGAGCUGGACUUCGGUCUGACGUUUGGGGAGGAGCUGGAGACGGGACAACCCGUACUGAUGGGCAGUUCAGAUCUGGAACUCCCAGAGACAAGCAAAGAUGGAGCUGAGCCCCCAUUUCCCACUUGCUCCCUCCCCCUCACCCUCCCCCGGUCCCCCGCUCCACCUCGGGCUGGUGUGCACUCCCCACCUCCCCGUCGGGGGCCUCGGCUUGAAACCGAAACCGAGGCCUAUCCAGGCCAGCCGGCCAGGCUGGUUUCCCUCGGCAACCGUCGGCUUGUGGCCUGCCCCACCAUCCGGAUCACCCCCAUCCUGGCGGUGGGGGAAGGAGAGCCGGAGGAAGAGGGCGGGUGUUCGCCUCCAGGGACAUGGGCCACGGGCUGGGGCCCUCCACCUCCGUCUGCGGCCCUAGACCUGCUCCGCCCCCCACCGGAUCCCUUCACCUGCCGGGACUGGGCCCUGGGAUCCGCCUCACGGGGCUGGCUCCCUGAGGCGGCCUCGCCGUCCCCUUCUGGCUCGCCCUCCCCGUCCCCUUCGCCCUCCCCCUCCGCCUCACCCUCCCCACCCUCCUGGGGCUCAGCCUCCCGCCUCUCCGAGGAGGCGGAGGCUGAGCUGAGCGAGGCCGCCUGGCGGGCCUCACUGGCCUCCCCCACCACGCCGCCAUCACCUCUCCCGCUCGCCCACCGCUGCCGCCCCUCUCCCUCCCCCUCCUCUUCCUCCUCCUCCUCACCCUGCCCCUCCCCCGGGCCCCCCCUCGGCUCCCCGGCCGGCAAGAGGCGCCUCGCCAGGAGCGAGGAGGCGCCCAGCGCCUCGCCCCCACACCCGCGCUGGGGAGGAGGCUCCAGCAACGAGGCCCUCCAUUCCUCCAGCUCCUCCUCGCCCCGGGGCAGCAGCCCCUCCUCUCCGCCGACUGAACCCUCUGGCCACACCCACUUGCCCAGCAAAGCCCGCCGCACCAGCCAGCGGCCCGGGGCCGACGGGCGACGGCCGUCCUGCGAGGAGGCCUGGCCCAUGGACUACCUGGCCGUUCCGUCGCCGUUUGGCUGGGGCAGCGAGGCACGGACGCUGGGACGCAGCCCCGUCUUCCGGGCCUGUGCUCUCCCUCCUCUGGACUGGCCCCUGCCGAGCCACUUCAACCAGCUGGAGCUGAAGCUGCUGGUGCAGCCCAAGCCUCACCACCGGGCACACUACGAGACGGAAGGCAGCCGCGGAGCUGUCAAGGCCCUGGCCGGGGGUCACCCCGUCAUCAAGCUGCAGGGAUACAUGGAGCAGCCCCUCACUCUCCAGAUGUUCAUUGGUACAGCGGAUGACCGGAAUCUCAGGCCCCACGCCUUCUACCAGAUCCACCGGAUCAGUGGGAAGAUGGUCACCACCUCCAGCCAGGAAGCACUGGUCAACACAACCAAGAUCCUGGAGGUGCCCCUCCUCCCCGAAAACAACAUGACUGCAAAUAUAGAUUGCGCGGGGAUCCUGAAGCUUCGGAAUUCUGACAUUGAGCUGCGGAAGGGCGAGACGGACAUCGGCAGGAAAAACACCCGUGUGCGUCUGGUUUUCCGGGUCCACAUUCCACAGUCCGGAGGCAAGGUCGUUUCAUUGCAGGUGUCCUCUCUCCCUAUUGAGUGCUCUCAGCGAUCGGCUCACGAGCUGCCCCAGGUGGGGAGCUACAAUGUGGUGUCCUGCCCGGCGUCGGGGGGAGAGAGGCUGGUCGUCACUGGCUGCAACUUCCUGCCUACCUCCAGGGUCAUCUUCACAGAGAAAGGACCAGAUGGACGAGUGCGCUGGGAGGUGGAGGCCAAGGUGGAGAGUGCAGAGACCACGGAGAGCAACAUCGUGGCCGAGGUUCCUCCCUACCACAACCAGUCCCUCACCGGCACCGCACACGUCUAUUUCCUGGUCUGUAAUGGCAGAAGGAAGAGGAGCCCUCCCCAGAGUUUUUGCUAUGUCCCGGUGUACGUCAAGGAAGAGUCGUCCCAGGACCUGCAGACGGGACAUAGCUCGGCAACCCCCACUUCUACCCGGCUCCCCUCUGGCCCGAACUCCCCACCUUUCCCAGGUUUCCUUUCCCCCGAGGGGCUUACUGAGAGCUGCCCCCUCCUGGCACCCUCUGGGAUCCUGUGCUCCAGGGGUCUCCACUCCAGCCUGGCCAAAGACAAUGAAGUCCUGAGGAGAGGUGACCCUAGUCCCCCCUUCACUUGUCCUGGCUACGGGCAACUGUUGGCCCCACCCAACCAAUUGUCUCAGACCAGCCAGAGUAAGUCAUUAACCCAACACAGCCAAGGGCACCCAUUGGCUCACGCUGACCAGAGCCAACGGUUGACCCAAACCAACCAAGGGCACCCAUUGGCUUCCAAUGACCAGAGCCAACAGUUGACCCAACCCAACCAAGGACACUCAUUUUGUUGCAGUGACCAAUGUCAACCCUUCAUCCAACCCAACCAAGGGCACCUGUUCAAUACUGAUGAACAGUGCCAACCAUUGAGCCAGGUGACCCACACCAGUCACAGUCAACCACUGAACCAACCCAACCAAAGGCACCCAUUGGCUCCUGGUGAGCAAAGCCAGCUGCUAACCCAAACCUACCAAGGGGACCAACUGACCCAGCCGAACCAAGAUCAGCGAUUGGUUCACACCACCCACAGCCAACCGUGGACCCAACCCAACCGAGAGCACCAACUGGUGACAGGUGACCACUGCCAGCCACUAACCCGGCAGCACCAAGGGCACCCAUUGCCCCUUGAGCUUCCCUUCUUACCGAUCAUCCAGCCCAAUCGAGCUCACCACAUGGCUAUUGGUGACCAAUGCCAGCCACUGGCCCAGCACAACCCAGGGCACCGAUUGGAGAAUCUCAACCAUAGUCAACCGUUGACCCGACCCAACCAAGAGAUGCCAUUAGCUACCAAUCACCAAUGCCCGUUGCUAUCCCGAUCCCAACAAGGACACACAUCUGCUCACACCAUCGCCAGUAGACUGGUAACUCCAGCCCCCCACGGGCACCCUCUGACCCAAAUCGACACAAUACGUCCCGUACCCGCCGGCUUCGCGCGACCUGGACAGGGUCCGCUCUCGACCAGUCCCCAGACAGGUACCCACGGCUGUGAAGCGCCGCAAACUCGAGCCGACCAACCGCGUCCAGGAAGUCGCUGCCCGUACCACCCAAGACCCCCCGCCUUGGUGUCCCACUCCCCUCUCACAUACUCUCAGCACCGGACUCCGGAGACUGGCGGACAGGCGACCACCCACCCCCUCGCGAUCGAGGCGCGAGGGUGUCCGGGAUCUCGCGACCCGACCGCUGGCUGCCGGGGAGUACCGCGGGACGCCGGAGAGAAGGGAGGGGCAGGGGAGGAGGAGGGAGAAAUCGCGGAGUGCGAGGUCUCCUUCGGCGCCAUCCCGAUCCAGGGGAUCACGCUAGACGACGUGAACGAGAUUAUCGGAUGGGACCUCUCGGACGCCCCAGAAUCCAUACUAACAGAGGCGCGGACGGAAGAGCCGUGAUUGCGGGCGGGAUCUCCGCCAAUCCAGAACGACAGGGGCGUUGGGUUGGACCUUUGGGUGGAGUGGUCCUGGCGUAAUCCCGGCUCACUCUCUUGAACUUACCAUUCAUACAAACUUCCUUCGCCGCCACCACCAACCGCUACCCCACCGCCCCCCACCCCCGGACCCUCCGAGAUUUUUGUGUCAGCAUAGCGGGAUCACAAGCGCCUCUGCCGGCCUCACAGCAGCCGAUGGGUGAGGUGCAGUUGCAGAUUCUGGCUGUAGUAGCUACCGUCUCCCUCCCGCAAAACCCCGAACUUUCCCACAGCCGCCUCCCACUUUCCUCCUUCGCUCGCCGUCCCGCACUCUCCUUCCUUCCUUCCUUCCUUCCCCCUUUCCUCCCCUUCUUCCCAAUCCCCUUCCCCUCUUCCUCCUCCUUUUCCACCCAUCCUUCCCUCCCACUCCCUCUUCCCUUUACUCUGUAGCUUCAGGAUCCUGCUGUGCUGGCUCCCCUCCCCCUCUCGCCUCCCUCUCCCUCCCUCUACCCUCCCCUCCCUCCUCCACACCCCCCACCCAUGGUUGGGAGUAGAUCAUUUCCUGGGUCUUUAAUAUAGUUGUACACUAAACAUCUGUAAAAUUCCGUCUUCGAGAUGAGUUCCAACUCCACAGUUAAUGGUUAUUUUGUCCUUUCGGUUGUUGUUUGUAAGAUAAAUAAAUAAAUAAAUAAAUAAAUAAAGUCAG